GGGAAGCUCUGGCGGUGGUAGAAACUUAGUUAGUCCGGAGACACCAUAGCAGACAUGACGGUGAAACUGUCUUCGCUCUUCGAGCAUCCCAACUGCCUGCUGAGUCGCAGGAACCGACAUCAGUUCCUGGUCACGUUGCUGGUAAAUAUUGCUACCUUUUCCCAUGGCUUGGGCGUGGGAUGGAUGUCUCCGGUAAUGAGGGAUCUCCAAACGGAUCAAUCGCCCCUUGACUUUCCUGUGUUGGUGGAACAAGUGUCCUGGAUAGGAUCUCUGGUGGGCAUUGGCAGUGUGAUGGGAAAUCUGUUGGCUGGCACUCUAAUGGAUCGAAUUGGCCGGAAGCUGGUUCUGUUCGGCAUUGCUAUUCCCUACAUGACUUUCUGGUGCCUGAUCUACUUUGUCCAGAGUGUGGAGUUCCUCUACGUGGGCCGUCUAAUGGCCGGAAUGACCGGAGGGGCCUGUUACGUCGUCCUUCCGACCUUCAUAAGCGAAAUAGCAGACACCAACGUACGCGGUCGGCUGGGCUCCAUAAUCUUGCUGUCAGUUAAUAUGGGGGUACUCGUCGGAUACAUCGUCUCCUCGAGUGUGGAUUACUUUGCAUCACCGCCGUUUAUUAUCGCACUACCCGUGUGCUAUUUUAUCUGCAACUUCCUGUUUCCGGAAACCCCCCAUCAUCUGAUUCGCAAGGGAAAGUUUGAGGCUGCCAGGGAGUCCUUUCGGUUCUACAAGAGCAUCAAGAAGGAUGACAUCAAGGCGGAGAGUGAGUUCGAGCACCUGAAGUUCCAUCUCACAAAGGAUGAGUCGGCAAACAGCAAGGCUCUAAGCUACAAGGACUUUGUUACCAGACCUGCUCUCAAGGCCAUUGGCUCGGCGAGUGUCCUGCUGAUCUGCAACCAGUUCAGUGCCAGCUUCUGCAUCACCACCUACUUGUCGGAUGUGUUCGCUGCCUCGCACACCACUCUCAACCUGAGCAUGUGCACCAUUGUCAUCGGAGUCCUGCAGAUCGUGGGUAACUACGUGACCACAUUGCUGUGCGACAAAUACGGACGCCGGAUUUUAAUGCUGACCUCCACUUCCGGGGCGGCCGUGUGCCUUUUGGCCUUCGGCUUCUUCACCUAUUACGCCAAGGAUAACAACCUUUCUGUCGUGGGCUGGUUGCCCCUGGCCAUUUUGUCGAUCUACGUCUUCAUGUGCAACAUCGGAAUGGUGGGCUGUCUGUUUGUGGUCGUCGUGGAGCUGUUCCCCGCCAAGAUCCGAUCUGUGAGUGUCUCCACAUUUGUGGUCAUCCUGAGCAGCACCGUCUUCCUCACCCUGAAAAUCUUCCCCAUCUGCAUGGCCGUCUGGGGCAUCUCGGUGACCAUGUGGUGCUCCAGUGGUAUUACGUUCAGCUGCUUUCUAUACUUCUGCUUCUUUCUGGAGGAGACCAAAGGCAAAUCGCUGUUGGAGGCUUAGCAUGUUUGCCCAGCAGAUAGCGGAGCUAAAAAAUAUCGUCGCACCUGGGUGAUUAGCUUAAGUCGGGUGUUAUCUUUACAGUUCCGAGGAUUCUAGCGAGAUACUUAAACCAAUUGCUCGGUAGCACUUCCACUCAGUGAUCCGAGAUUCACGCCCAAUAGAAGACUGAAUAAAAGUUCACACCUUUUCUGUGAAAUAAACGUGA